CUGAAGUCAUAACUACGCUGUCGUGGGCGUGUUUAAAUACCUCCCAACAAAAACCAUAUGGCGACCUACUAAUCGUUUUUACUCACUCAAAGUGGAAAUAACUCAUAAUAAUAUAUAUGGAUAAACCAUAUGACGAAACAGUUGAUGUGCCAGAUUCAGAAGAUAUAGCAACACCACGACUGCAACAGUCUCUUGCUGAAAAUUUUGAUAGGUUUCGAGUUAAUCAUUUAGAUUCUCAUAGAGAUAACAGUAAAUCAGUAAGAAAAAUAAAGAAUGAAUUACUAAAUAAAUCAAUUAAAACUGCACCAAAAUCAAUCAUUGAAAAGAAGUCAAACAAUGAAAAAUCAAGUAGUCAAGAUAGUUCCGGCGAUGACGAUGAUGAGGAUGAGGAUGAUGAUGAUGACGACGAUGAUGACGAUGAAGAUGAUGAAGAUGACGAUGAUGAAAAUUCUAAUAUCCCUGAUGUCAUUGAAGGUGUCUACAAUCCGGCUGAUUAUGAACAUUUGACUGUAUCGUCUGAAAUUAAGGAAAUUUUUGAAUAUAUUCAAAGAUAUACACCUCAAACAAUCGAAUUAGAAACAAAGUUGAAACCAUUCAUUCCUGAUUAUAUACCAGCUGUUGGAGAUAUUGAUGCAUUUUUAAAAGUGCCCAGACCAGAUGGUAAACCAGAUUACUUAGGUUUAUUGGUCUUGGAUGAGCCAUGUGCUAAUCAGUCAGAUCCCACAGUACUUAAUUUACAAUUGAGAGCUUUGUCAAAGCAAACUGCAACAAAACAAGUAAUAGUUAAAAGUAUUGAAAACGCUGAACAACAAACAAAAGUCAUAGAAAAUUGGAUUAAAAGUAUAACAGAUUUGUAUAGAGCCAAACCUGCACCAACUGUACACUAUACAAGAAACAUGCCAGAAAUAUCUGAACUUAUGGCUGUAUGGCCAACAUCUUUUGAAGAAACCAUAAAUAAUAUGCAAUUAUCACUAUCUGAGUUGGAUUGUAGUUUAAAAGAUUAUGUAGAUAUAAUCUGUGGAAAACAUCUAAAGAAAUAAUUCCAAUAAAAAUAUGCAUACUGCACUUAUUACUGGACAUAACAGACGUUUUCUUCUGAAGAUUCAGAAAACUUCACUAGAUAAUGUGAAAAAAAUACUUGCGAUAAUUACAGGCACAAGAAUCAAUAUUCAUUACCCAUUAUGGAAGGAUUCUCGGGAAGAGAUCAUAAAGUGUUGUAGACUAAUAAAGAUUUAUGUGUUCUACUUUCUCUUAAACUUCCUAUUUUCACAUAGACUGUAUAAAUAUUAAAAUGAACGAAUUAAUUAUCAAACAAAGUUAGAAGUUUAGUUAAUAACCGUGAAGUUGCAUGACCUUUGUAAGUUUAUUUUUACCUGUAUAAUUUUUCACAGCUUUUAUCCAUAAAAUUCUAGCUAUCUGUAUCAACUAGCAACUUCUACAGUUUAUAUUCGUAGAGGUUUGAUUGGGACAGAUAUUUAAAAGUCCAUUCCAACUGGACUCAUUAACAAAUUUAGAUAACAUCAAAACUGUAGGUAUUAUUACGAAGAUUUGACUUGAUAAGUGCGAAUAAUUUGAGCAUUGGGUAGAUUGUUAUAAACAAAUUAGUAUAUUUGUAGGAUCCCAAUGAGUAGAAAAAUUAGGUUUUCUGACGUUUCAUGACUUAGUGUAAGCCAAUUCUUCAGAGAAUAAAUGACAAUAUUAAAAGUAAUCCAAGUUUAAAUCGUACAACGAAACAAUAAGAAUAUGUAAAUAAAAAUAAUAUAUAUGCGAUCAAAAGACAGGUCAUGUCAUUUCGGUCAAAGUGGGUCAUAAGUGACAUGUAUGUAAAUUUGUGUGUAUGUAUGUGUGUACUGUUUAAGGAUGAAAAAUUGUGUUACCUUUAUGGUGAGAAAGGAUAGAGUUUAAUUUGUAAGAUGAUAGUGUGGAUUGUAAAUAAAAUCAGACUGUGGCUAGGAUAGAUUGUCCAAGUAGGAUGUAUGUUAAGGCCUUCUUUUCUAUUGAGAGAUGUAGGUUUAAGUAUUAUAUGGAACGCUUCAGCUACUCUCCUUUCUUUGUAAUUGGAAAAGCCUUUUUGUAAUAUUUUGAUAUUUUUGAAAUCGAUUUGGUGGUCGUUGAAAAUGGCGUGAACUGCUAUGGCUGAUUUAAUUUGAAGUCUAUCCAGUUCUACGGGAUUACUAGGAGGUUUCUUUGUAUACCUAAUAUGUUCUUUGGCACGAGUCAAGAUUUCUCAAGAUGACUCUCCAAUAUAGAAGGCAUCACAAUCGAUACAACCUAGUUUGUAGACGCAGUUCUGUGUAGACAUGAAAGGGAUUUUUUUCUUUUAAGCGAACUAAAGUAUUUCGAAGUGUGUUCGUUGUUUUGUAAUAUACUUUAAUUCUGUGUUGUUUCAAGAUUCUUUGGAGUUCUUCUGUUGUUCCAUGACGGUAUGGUAGAACUGCAGUACUAAUCCAUGGUAUUUCAUUCGAAUUAUUAUUAUUACGCACUGAAACAUCUUGUUUUAAAAUACUUCUAAUAAUCUUCAUAGGGGAAUUAUUAACUUGUAAGAUGAUAAUUACAUUGUUUUGUUCUUUGUUUUUAUUCUCUUCUGAUGUGAUGAACUUGUUAGCCCUUCUAAAAAGAUUUAGGGCUAGCGAGAUCUUGGCACUGAAAGGAUGUGAUGAAUGGAAGUCAAUAUAGCGACUAGAGUGUGUAGGCUUUCGGUAGAUG